AUGGCUCGUGCGGUCGACCCAACGUAUCCGCUUUAUCCCUCAACAUGUAUACUGUCCGCCGGAUUGCUUCUAGCGGUCAUAUCAACUAGGCUCACUCAAAAGAGCUGGAACCUUGGUGUUACCCUCUUAUGUGUCUGGGUCUUCCUGGACAACGUCACCUUGGGCACUAAUGCUAUCCUCUGGGCCGACAACGCCAAUGUACGGCUCCGUAUAUACUGUGACAUCACCUCGCGUAUACAACUGAUCGCAUCUAUCGUCAAACCUAUGGCGACCUUGAUCAUCAUCCGCCAACUUUACCUGAUUACCAAAGUAAGACCUGCAGGGCAUCACGAUAAAGCAGUGGAGCGCGGACGAAUUAAGGUCGAUUGGAUCCUCGGUGUGGUGGUUCCUGUGUUAGUCGCUGGGCCUCUCUAUUACGUGGUCGAGGUGUCGAGAUUCGAGGUGGAAGAAGGCUUCGGUUGCGGCAACUCAGUGGACGACUCGAUAUUGAGCGUACUACUUCUGACCUCUUGGACGACGGCUCCACCUCUAAUCUGUGUAGUGGUAUACUAUCCGAAGAUCAUCUGGACAUUCUACCAUCAAAGCCGGGAGAUCAACCACUUUCUACGCAACGAUGCAUUCGUACCUCGCAUCAGCUACUUUCGAAUCCUCGCACUCGCAAGCAUUGAUGUUCUGUGUAAAACGGGAGAGAGAGCCGACCACCACCAUGCCGAACUUUCCCACGCUCAGCUCGGUCAUAGAAUCUGUCUGUGA